AUGGAGUCACCGACGCUGGCGGAUGACCUCAGGGACAUCGUGGAGCGGUACAACAUACCGCCGCCUGCACAGGCAUUGCUGAGCCAGAAGAACGUAUUAUCUGCCGUGGCGAUUGCACGGACGUUCGAGGACGACGAUGAUCAAUUUGCCGAGUUCUUGCUGGACGGCUCGACGAUGAACACUCGGAGAUUGAGACUAGCUCUGAAGAUGGUCUUCUACGACGCCGUGCAGCUGACGCGGGAUAGCGGUCAGGCGGCCUGCCCGGCCGGCGGCUCCCCGGAGCCCUCCGAGGCCUCGGAGCCGGAGGAGGCCCCGGAGCCGUCCGAGGACGAGGGCGAGGAGGAGGAAGGCAGCAGCGACGACGACGCGGAACCGCAGGAGGCCGCGGCGGCCGCGGCGGCCGCGCCCGCGCCGGAGCCUGGCGGGCCGGGGUGGAGAUUCUGA